GUCUGAGUGCGGAAGUACAACUUGGCCGUGCGGGUUCAGGGUUCCGCCUCUGGACGGUCGGUCAGACAAGCGGCUCCUCAAGCUAAUUACACCUUUUCCCACCUUGUACAAUCGGAUCCACGGGAACGCCGAGACAUGGCAGGAAGGUUGCCGGCUUGCGUGGUCGACUGUGGAACGGGGUACACAAAACUUGGAUAUGCUGGAAAUACUGAACCACAGUUCAUUGUUCCAUCAUGUAUUGCAAUCAAAGAGUCCGCCAAGGUUGGGGAUCAAGCGCAGAGGAGAGUCAUGAAGGGAGUUGAUGAUUUAGACUUUUAUAUUGGGGAUGAGGCAAUCGACAAACCAACAUAUGCAACAAAGUGGCCUAUUCGUCAUGGCAUUGUUGAAGACUGGGACUUGAUGGAACGCUUCAUGGAGCAGGUUAUCUUCAAGUACCUAAGGGCAGAGCCAGAAGAUCAUUACUUUCUUUUGACUGAACCACCAUUAAAUACACCUGAGAAUCGAGAAUAUACAGCAGAAAUCAUGUUUGAGUCCUUUAAUGUUCCUGGUCUGUAUAUUGCUGUUCAGGCAGUCUUGGCCUUAGCUGCAUCGUGGACAUCAAGACAAGUUGGAGAGAGAACAUUGACUGGAACAGUAAUAGACAGUGGAGAUGGUGUUACUCAUGUCAUCCCUGUUGCAGAAGGUUACGUGAUUGGCAGCUGCAUAAAACACAUUCCAAUUGCUGGGCGUGAUAUCACGUAUUUUACUCAGCAGCUUCUGAGAGAAAGAGAGAUUGGAAUUCCUCCUGAGCAGUCGCUUGAAACUGCCAAAGCAGUUAAGGAGCGCUUCAGCUAUGUUUGUCCAGAUUUAGUAAAGGAGUUCAGCAAGUACGACACAGAUGGUGCAAAAUGGAUCAAACAGUACACUGGCAUUAAUGCUAUUAGCAAGAAAGAAUUUACAAUUGAUGUAGGCUAUGAAAGAUUCCUAGGUCCAGAAAUCUUCUUCCACCCAGAGUUUGCAAAUCCUGAUUUUACACAGCCCAUCUCUGAGGUAGUAGAUGAAGUUAUUCAGAACUGCCCCAUUGACGUAAGGCGUCCCCUUUACAAGAACAUUGUUUUAUCUGGAGGAUCAACAAUGUUUAGGGAUUUUGGACGCCGUUUACAAAGAGAUUUAAAGAGAACAGUAGAUGCCCGGCUGAAACUCAGUGAAGAGUUGAGUGGAGGAAAACUAAAGCCAAAACCGAUUGAUGUGCAGGUAAUUACACAUCACAUGCAGAGAUACGCAGUCUGGUUUGGAGGAUCUAUGCUAGCGUCAACUCCCGAGUUCUACCAAGUAUGCCACACCAAAAAAGAUUAUGAAGAAAUUGGACCCAGCAUCUGUCGCCACAACCCUGUGUUUGGAGUGAUGUCAUAAGUGACCUCAGUAACCUCAGGGCUGACUCUGGGAGAUGUGCUUUGACUGGCUGUUUUUUUUUUUUUUUUGUCUGGAUGGCUUCCAUUUUGGAUAUUAAAAAGGAAAAAAAAAUAAUAAUUACUGGUUUAAAAAGACCAAAUUCAAUCAGGCUGGAAAAUAUAGUAAACAUGUCUUCAAAAAUGAACGAAAUAGCAAGCCAAAUUAUUUUCAGUUAAAUUUUCGUAUAUGCUAAGCAUUGUGAAAAUUUUUUGUUAUGAACUUCUGUAAUGGUUUUAGAACUUUAAAUGUGCCCUUUUUGUAUGUGGAUGAGUUAUUCAGGAUUUUUGACAGGAUUUGAAUACAGUACCUUUAAAACAUCAGUUCUCUUAUACUUGAAUUGUACUCUUUUACCUGUACAAGGAAAGAGUGUGUUUCUAUUUCAUACAAGUUUUUAUACAUAAACCUAACAGGUGAGAUUACAAAAAUCGUCAAAAGAUUAUAACAAUCAGAACAAUGAAAUUAGCAAUUUCCCAUAUGAAGUGAUGUGACAUGUAUACAUUUCUUCAUACAAUUAUGUGACAAUAAUUUUUUUUAUAUUUUUUGAUUGCGUGACCAAUUCCAUUUCCCAGUCGUGUGAAUUGUUGCUAGGAAGUGCUUUGGGAACAGACCUUUCUUCAUUUUUGAAUUAUAUUUUUUUGUUUUUCUCCAAACUAAUGUCUGCUAGUGCUUUCUAAAUAUUUCAUGCCUUUGAUUUCUUUUUUGCAGAAAAAAAAACAAACUCACUCAAGACUGUUGGACCAGUAUUCUAGCCUAAAGCCUUGUUUUUGAUUUCAUACCAAAUAAUCCAGUAUAAAAAUUGGUGUACAAAAUGCCUAGAUACAUUCCAAUAAAGGCACAAAAUCAUUUCUAAA